AAACGACGAACGGCAACGAUAAGAACCGCUAACACCACUUUCUCACGCGAUUCUGCUUCUCCUCGCGUUUCUCUAGAAAUACUAGUUGAAGAUUCAGAGACAGAAAUAGUUUGUCUGUGCAAUGGCUGGACAGAGAAAUGACUAUGGAAAGAGAUCCGGUUUUCAAUCUGACUAUGUGGGAAAUGGUGGAGGCAAGAGAAGGAAUGCCAGUGAUGAUGGUGACUUUCAUGGUAUUGGGUCUGAAGAUACUGUCUAUCGAUACUUGUGCCAUGUGAAGAAAAUUGGAAGUGUUAUUGGGAAAGGUGGUGAGAUCGCAAAACAGUUGAGGUCAGAGAGUAAAGCAAACAUUAGGAUUAGUGAGACUAUCCCGGGUUGUGAGGAGCGAGUUGUGACCAUCUAUAGCUCAAGCGAGGAAACUAAUCUUUUAGGAGACACUGGUGAGUUCAUUUCACCUGCACAGGAUGCUCUCUUCAAGGUGCAUGAUAGGAUUAUUGCAGAAGAGAUUGCUGAUUUUGAAGAGGCCCAAGUAAUCAUUGUAAGGAUGCUUGUCCCAGCAGAUCAGAUUGGAUGUGUCAUUGGGAAAGGUGGACAGGUGAUUCAGAAUAUACGCAGUGAAACUCAUGCUCAGAUACGCAUUUUACGUGAUGAGCAUUUGCCUUCUUGUGCUUUGAGUUCUGAUGAGCUUCUCCAGAUAAUGGGGGAACCCUCAGUUGUGCGAAAGGCUCUUUAUUUUGUGGCAUCUCGUCUUCAUCAGAAUCCAUCACGAACCCAGCACCUGCUUCUGUCUGCUCUCUCUUUCAUAGGUCAAUCUGGUCCCAAUUUCAUGAAUGCCCCGCAUAUUGGUGCCUAUAACAACUAUUCUUCUAGAAGAGAUGAAGCAACUGCAAGGGAAUUUUCUCUUCGGUUAGUGUGUCCAAUUGGAAAUGUCGGAGGUGUGAUUGGAAAAGGUGGUGGAUUUAUCAAACAAAUUAGACAGGAAUCUGGGGCUUCUAUUAAAGUUGACAGUUCUGGAGCAGAAGGGGACAAUUGCAUUAUAUUUAUAUCAACAAUGGAGUUCUUUGAAGAACCAUCCCCUACAAUUAAUGCGGCUCUGCGAUUGCAAUCACGAUGUAGUGAGAAAAGUGAAAGAGAAUCGGGUGAUUCUGUUAUCACCACCCGUCUGCUGGUUCCAAGCUCACAGGUUGGAUGCCUUAUUGGUAAGGGUGGGGCAAUUAUUUCUGAGAUGAGGAAUGUUACAAGGGCCAGCAUUCGCAUCCUUUCACAGGAAAACCUCCCUGAAGUUGCAUAUGAAGAUGAAGAGUUGGUGCAGAUAACUGGAGGCCUUGAAGUUGCUAGCAACGCUCUUUCACAGGUAACUUUGCGGUUGAGGGCCAAUAUAUUUGAAAGAGAAGGAGCACUAGCCGCAUUUCCAGCUGUUCUUCCCUUCACUCCAAUGUCAGUGGCCAUAUCGGAUGGUCCUAAGUAUGGAAACAGAGAUGCUCAACCACGUGGUCGUGGGUACACUUCCAACUCAGGCAGAUAUGAGUCUGGUGAACUGCCUGCAAGUAACAGUUAUGAAUCAUACAGUGAAAGCAUUAAUGGAUCAUAUGGAGGCCAUUCUUCUAGCCGUGGGCUAACUGGUCAGAACCCAGUUUCCCAGAAGAAGCAUGGUUAUUAGUCCAAGAAUGUAGUCUGUCAGGUGAAAAUUGUUUCUCCCUUUUUAUUUAUGUAAGAUAAUUCAUCAUCAAGCUGUUUUGAUAUCUUUUAACCAUUAAAAGAAAAUAGAGAAAAAAGAAGAUAUUGCAAGACUUCUUCACCCUGGCUGGCAACCUCCUUUGAGAAUUCUAACAGAUCUUCCCUCUUUGUUGCCUUCCUUUCCCAUCCAAACAGUUGUGCUCAACAAGUCUUGAAGACAGACCAUUUCCCCUUUCUGAUAAGCUUACAGUCUAGGUCAGAAGAUCAUAUAAACUGCUCUUUCAGAAACUUACGCUCCACAAUUGCCACCCUUGCGCUUUCUCUUUAGUGACUAUUAGAAAAUGCAAACACAAUUCGACGAUUUUUGGUCUGGGCUUGAAGAUAAUGAUAGUUACCCUGCUAGAUUGUGGUAUACAUUUCCUUUAAAAGCCUUGUGAUGGAUGUACGAGGCAAUUCCCCCUUUUUUUUUUCUUUUUUUUUUCUGGUACAGCAGAAAUUGUUAUUUUUUACAAUAUAAAUCAGAUAACAAUUUUUCUUAAUGUUGUCUUUUAAUAGUUUAUUUACACUUAAAUGAUUUCAUAGCUACAGUGAUAGAGAACUUUAGGCAACUAUAAUCUAAAAUUUAAACGCUUAUGCGUUAAGGUUGAGGAUAUUUGGCUAGUUUAUGUCUGCAGGUCGGUAUAUUUGGAGGCUCGCUGCCUUGUGAAGACAUGUUUGAAUGGAGCUUCAUAUAUAUAUAUUUUCGGCCGAAUGUGACUGGAGCUAAGUUUCUCAUAUCCUAUUGUAUUUUGUAGUAUGUUGUAUCCUUGACUGAUCUGGCAUGGGACACAAGUAAGUUCUACAUUGCAACUUAGCAAGUCACUUUUCCUACCAAGAAAUAGAAUUCUGGUUA